CCUGGUUGCAUUCUCAAAUUUGAAAUUGGAGUGUAUGGUGAAAGGGAGGUGGCAGUAAUCCGGCGGCGAUGGAAGCGGUGGCGGAAGGGCUGUGGGAACUGGCGGAGCACCACGAGCAGAGCAGGGAGAUAGGUAAGGCGGUGAAAUGCCUCGAAGCAAUUUGCCAGAGCCCAAUCUCGUUUCUCCCAAUCGUCGAAAUCAAAACCCGCCUUCGACUCGCCGCUCUUCUUCUCAAGCACUCGCACAAUGUCAACCACGCUAAAUCCCACCUCGAGCGCUCCCAACUUCUCUUGAAGUCUAUUCCGUCAUGCUUUGAGCUGAAGUGCAGAGCUUAUAGCCUGUUGAGUCAGUGCUACCAUCUCGUGGGAGCAAUUCCUGCACAAAAGCAGAUAUUAAACAAGGGUUUAGAACUUUCUGCAAUUUCCGGAGAUGGGUUUGCUGGGAGAUUAUGGUAUUGCAACUUCAAUUCUCAGCUGGCAAAUGCGCUGAUAAUUGAGGGAGACUACCACGGAUCAAUUUCGGCUUUGGAACAAGGACUGACUUCUGCUUCGGAGAUGUUUUAUCCUGAAUUGCAGAUGUUUUUUGCUACUUCAAUAUUGCACGUGCGCGUGAUGCAGUGGGACAGUACAAAUCUUGUAGAGGAAUCUGUCAAUAGAUGCAAUUUGAUAUGGGAAUCUAUAGAACCUGAAAAAAGACAACAAGCACUUGGUUUACUGUUUUAUCACGAGCUGUUGCAAUUGUUCUAUUUACUCCGGAUAUGUGACUACAAGACUGCUGCUCAACGCAUUGAUAGACUGGAUGCUGUUAUGAAGUCUGACUUACAGAGAAUGCAACAGUUCCAAGAUCUGAAUAAUGAAGUUGGUGCACUAAAUCACAGUUCAUCUGGAAAAACACCCUUGGAACCUGCAUAUUUCGGAAACGUUAAGCGAGCAUGCGAGGAGAAACUUGAGUUGGCUCCACCUCCUAUUGAUGGUGAAUGGCUGCCGAAAAGUGCAGUCUAUGCAUUGGUAAAUCUUAUGGUGGUUGUUUUCAGCCGACCGAAAGGGCUUUUUAAGGAGUGUCAGAAGAGGAUUCAAUCUGGGUUACAGAUAAUCCAAGAUGAGCUGGUGAAGUUGGGCAUUACCGAGGGGAUCAAAGAAGUGGAGUUGCAACACUCUGCAAUUUGGAUGGCUGGUGUCUACUUAAUGCUUCUAAUGCAGUUCCUAGAAAACAAAGUUGCAAUUGAUCUUACCCGGACUGAAUUCAUAGAAGCCCAAGAGGCUUUGUUACAGAUGCGAAAUUGGUUCGUUCGCUUUCCUACUAUCCUACAGGCUUGUGAGAGUAUAAUCGAGAUGCUAAGGGGCCAGUAUGCUCACUCUGUUGGAUGCUAUAGUGAAGCCGUGUUUCAUUUUCUUGAAGUAUCAAAGUUGACACAGAGCAAAUCAAUGCAAGCCAUGAGCCACAUUUAUGCAGCGGUCUCUUAUAUCUGCAUUGGUGAUGCUGAAUCUUCAGCGAAGGCUGUUGAUUUGAUCGGACCUGUUCUAGGAGUGAUAGAUUCUUUUGUUGGGGUACGAGAAAAGACCACUGCCCUGUAUACUUACGGAUUUCUACUGAUGAGGCAACAGAAUUUACAAGAAGCCAGAGUCCGACUGGCCGCCGGCUUGCAGACUACACAUACUUAUUUAGGGAAUCUUCAACUCGUUUCACAAUAUCUGACCGUGCUAGGAAAUUUGGCACUUGCACUGCACGACACUGGACAAGCUAGAGAGAUCUUAAGAUCUGCUCUUACAUUGGCAAAGAAGCUCAACGAUAUACCAACACAAACCUGGGUUCUCUCGAAUUUUACAGUUUUGUAUCAACAGUCAGCAGAGAAAGGAAGUGAAAUGGAGAAUAUAGAGUACCAGAGAAGGAAAGUAGAAGAGUUGCAGCAAAGACUUGCCAUUGCCAGCUCAUCUAUUCAUCACAAUGAACUAAUUGAGAAAGUAAGAAUCCAGGCUCAUCAAUUGAACGAGAAUGAAAUGAAACGAGCAAUUGCGGGCCCCUCGAAAACAGUCGAUCUUGACAUACCUGAAUCCGUCGGUCUGUUGACACCUCAGCGAACCAUGCCUUCAGCGGCGAGGCUUAUGGAUCUGAACAUCGGGAGGCUUGGCAAAAGAAAGUUGUAGUAAUUAAAACCCCGUAAGUUGUUUCGUAAAUUUGUUUCGACAUAUCAAAGCAUACAUCUAUCUACAUGUAUUUAUUUAGAAAAUAAUGGUUCCUUGAUUAGUUGAAAACAUGGUUGCAACAGAAACAUGCCUACUUUGUUAUUAUUAUCUCUCUCUUUAUUAUAUUUUAUAUU